UUAUUAGAAGAUUAUAUUCAGUAUUAGGAGAUUUAUUCUCUUAUUAGGAGAUUGUGUACAUAAUUAGUUAUUUCCUUAUUUAGGAUUAGUCUUCUUCUAUAUAAUGUAAUUACCCUUUGUAUUCUGAUUAAGAAGUAAUAAUACAAUUUCUCCUACUUUCAAGUUGGUAUCAGAGCUCCCGAUCUUGGGAGUUCUGCUUCUGCGAAAAAAACCCUAGCCGUCUUAUUACGGCCCUUUUAUCUGGUAACGUUUCCUGUUUUGCCACUGUUGGCUUAUACCGUUUGGAGGCCUGUGCUCUUCAUCACCGGCCUGCCAUCCUCUGUUCGUUACUCCGAUUGCACAGAGAGGGUUCCCCGUGCCUUUUGGUCUUGUUCUGAGGGUCGUUUCCUCACUUUGUUGGUGUUUUUUCUUGAGAAGCCUUUGGUUCUUCCAUUCAAGGAGAGUGCAAUCUUCUCUGUUUCUGUUAUUUUUCCUCUUGUUUCCCUUCUACAGUAACAUCUCUCAGUAUGUCUGGAGACGAGAUUCCCAUACCUAAGGAGAAACUCACUUCUGGAGUGAAAGUCUCUCUUCCACCUUUGACCCACAAAGAUCUCCCGGUAUUACAAGGUUCCUUUCGCUUGGAUGGGCGCAACUACCUCCAAUGGUCUGAGCUCAUCCGUCACACUCUCAUAAGUCGCAAGAAAAUCAGUUAUAUUGAAGAAAAAGCCCCUGCUGAAACUGAUCCACAAUAUGACACAUGGCGUGAAGAGAAUUCUCUUAUUAUGACCUGGUUUUGGUACUCCAUGAUUCUGGAAAUUAGCCGGAAUUAUAUGUUUUUCCCUACUGCUAAGGAGAUUUGGAAUAAUCUGGCACAGGCAUAUUCUAAGAAACAAGAUCUCUCAGCUUGUUAUGAAUUGGAAAAUAAAGUUUUCAAUUCUAAGCAAGGAACUCUCUCCGUGACAGAUUACUAUGGGACCUUGAAUGGUCUAUGGAUUGAAUUAGAUCAGUAUCAAAAUCUGAAGAUGAAGUGUGAUGCUGACUCCACAACAUUGAAUAAAUUUAUUGAAAAAGCGCGAAUCUUUAAGUUUCUCUCUGGGCUUAACUCUGAAUUUGAUCCGAUUCGGGUCCAAGUUUUGGGUAAAGAGCAACUCCCUUCUCUCUCAGAGGUGUUCUUUAUAGUUCGUGGUGAAGAAACUAGGAGGACAGUGAUGGUGGAAGACAAAUCAGUUGAUGGUUCAGCCUUAGCCUCUGGAAAGGGUCCCAUAAAAGGAUCCACCUCUUCCGGACACCCUAACCGUGAUGAUCGCCCCAACCGUGAUGAUCGCUUCAACCGUGAUGAUCUCUUCAACCGUGAUGAUCGUUGCACUUAUUGUAAGAGGUCUGGUCACACCAAAGAGUACUGUUUCAAACUUUAUGGAAGGGAAAACGUCCUUAGACGUAUGAGGGGGUCCAAAGGUGCUCCGCAGAGGCGCGCAAAUCACACAACUUCUGACAUGGAAAAUGAUGGUGAAGUCCCACCUGUACCACCAGCAGAAGAUGUCCCUAGCCUUAGCAAAGCAGAAUUGGAGCGUCUGAGAGCUUUUAUGGACUCAUUGAGUAAGCCCUCUGGUUCUUGUUCUCUCACAAUGACUGGAUCUUGCCACGGGACAGAUAAUUGGGAUUGCUAAGGAACAGGACGGGUUAUACUGUCUACGGCACGAGGAAAGCAAGUGUCAUCAGACGAGUUCAGAGUCCUGGAAUACUUCUCAAAUAUGGUUGCGGCACAAGCGUCUUGGGCAUCCUCCUUUUAGUAUUCUUAGGACCAUGUUUCCCCAUUUAUUUUCAAAAGUGUCAGUCGAAUCUUUUCAUUGUGAUGUUUGUCAGUUUUCUAAGCAUCAUCGUUCAACUUUUCUUCCUAGUAAUAAUAAAUGUGCUCAACCUUUUGAUCUUGUUCACUCUGAUGUGUGGGGACCUUCGUCCAUUUCUAAUGUUUCUGGUGCAAAAUGGUUUGUUACUUUUAUUGAUGAUUGUACUCGGAUUACAUGGGUUUUUCUUAUGAAAGAUAAGUCUGAGGUGUUUCAAUUAUUUGUUAACUUUUUCCACAUGAUUAGAACACAGUUUGGGAAACCUAUUAAGAGGUUAAGGUCAGACAAUGGGAAAGAGUAUGUUAACAAGAAUUUUUCUGAAUUUCUUACAAAAAAUGGUGUGGUUCAUGAGUUGACUUGUGUUGACACCCCACAACAAAAUGGGGUUGCUGAAAGGAAAAAUCGUCAUCUUCUUGAAAUCACUCGAGCUUUACUCUUUCAAAUGAAUGUUCCUAAGUUUUAUUGGGGGGAAGCUGUCUUGACUGCUGCUUAUUUAAUUAAUAGGUUACCUUCUAGGGUUUUAUCUAGUGUUAGUCCUGUGCAGGUUAUGACUAGCUUCUUUCCGUCUGUGCCCAUUAAGUCAGGUCUUAAAAGUCGUGUAUUUGGUUGUUCCGCCUUUGUCCAUGUUCACGGUCAUCAUCGGGGUAAGUUAGAUCCUCGGGCUAUUAAGUGCAUCUUUAUAGGAUAUGCCUCAGAUAAAAAGGGCUACAAGUGUUAUCAUCCUCCUAGUCGUCGUGUCUAUAUAUCCAUGGAUGUUACUUUUCAAGAAUCAGAGUCUUUUUAUCCCAAUCCUCAGCUUCAGGGGGGGAAUACUCAGGAAGUUGAGUCUCCAGAAUUGUCUGUUAUUCCUCUUCUACAGGAUCCCUUGAUGCCUUCCUCUAUUCCUAUCACUAAGGACAGUGAUGAUGAUGACAAUGGUCCUGAACUAGUACCAAAUCAGAAUGAUGACAAUGGUCCUGAACUAGUACCAGAUGAGAAUGAUGACAAUGGUUCUGAAGUAGUACCAGAUCAGAAUAAUGUUGACAGGUUCAGGAUAAAGUACCAGCGGAA